AUGCCUACCAAAACCGCAAACACCAGUCAUGACUUUGUUCAGCAGAAGAAAGAAAGUCAUACACAUCUGGAAUGGCAGGAAGGGCCUUUUCACACAACUGGGUUGGCAGGACCACUUGACACAUUUAAGAUGGAUUCUCGAGAUGACUUCACUGAGUAUGGUGAAUGCCAUAGCAACAACUCGCAGGAGCCUGAAGAGCAAGACAGCACAAGCGACGACGGCGAUAGUGAUUCUGAUAAAGAUGACUCCUCAAAUGCCUCUGCUGAUGACAGCAUAACGAGCCAUCAAAUCGGCCAUUGUCCCAUUCAGCGUGAUGAUGUCAAGGAGGAGAGCGAGGAGGGAACAGACCAGGGAAGUGGUUAUGUAUGUCCUCUUUGUUCUUUGGAGUUCUGUAGCCCAGAUCAGCUCAUCGCACAUGUAUACCAGCACACAGCAGUGGGUGGCAGUAAGAGUUAUGUCUGUCCUGUUUGUGGACGAGCACUAAGCUCUCCGGGCUCUCUUGGCCGCCAUAUUCUCAUCCAUUCUGAGGACCAUUUGUCCAAUUGUGCAGUGUGUGGAGCUCGCUUCACCAACACCAACAACUUCAACAGGGAAAAGUUGAAGGAAUUCCUCAACACGAGUAGUAUAGAGAUCAACAGUGAUGGUGAGGCCUGCUCCAUGUCCAACUCCCUACCUAGAAGCUCCAUGACAAACCCAGGCACCAAUCCUGGGCCUGCACUGACCUCAUUGCCAGAUGGCCUCCUUUCUUCUGCGCCUCCUCUUCCCUCACUUUCUGAAAGCCUAAGUCCAUCCAACAUGGGUCUUCCGCCUCUUCCAGACCUUCUGAACCCAAUGACCGUGUACCCUGCUGGGGUUCUGUUGGUGUGCAACAGCUGCAUAGCCUACCAGCAGCUUGUGGAUGCCCAGUCGCUGUCCAUGAGAAAAUGGGCAAUGCGUAGGAAGAACGAGCCUGUGGAUGUGCGAAUGCAGCGGCUAGAACGCGAGCGAACAGCCAAAAAGUCCAAACGGGCAUGCGAGACGGCGGAGGAACGCGAGAUGCGACGCUUGCGAGACCGCGAGGCGAAGCGAAUGCAACGGAUGCAGGAGACCGAUGACCAGAGGGCGCGGCGUCUACAGCGUGACCGUGAGGCCAUGCGACUCAAAAGGGCGAACGAAACGCCCGAGAAGAGGCAGGCACGCUUAAUUCGUGAAAGGGAAGCUAAGAGGCUAAAGAGGCGUCUGGAGAAGAUUGACCCAUCACUGCGAAACCAGAUCGAGCAUGACCCUGCAGCAAUGGCAGCUCUGACUGCUGACAUGAAUCUAUUCCAGUUUUCCUUCCCAAUGUCAGUUCCCUCCAUGGAUAACAGUCUGUUCACAAAGCUGCCGUAAUGAGCACAGCUCCC